UCGAAGAAAAGUAUGGUUCUCGAACUGGCUGAUGGUACAGUUUACCAGGGUUACAGCUUUGGCUGUCCAGGGAAGAGCGUUAGCGGCGAAUGCGUUUUCCAAACUGGAAUGGUGGGAUACCCCGAAUCGCUCACCGAUCCGUCCUACGAAGGCCAGAUCUUGGUCCUAACCUAUCCACUCAUUGGAUCUUAUGGUGUUCCCGACCGAGACGAGCUUUUUUCGACGUCUGGAUUGUCUGCUUAUUUCGAAUCUUCACGAAUUCACGUGGCUGCCCUCGUUGUUGGCUGUUAUAGUGGAGAAGAGCUCGAAUACAGUCAUCACUUGGCUAACAGCUCUUUAGGUCAAUGGCUUCAAGCUGAAGGCAUCCCUGCUGUCUAUGGAUUGGAUACCCGAGUCUUGACGAAAAAAAUCCGUGAACGAGGUGUGAUGCUUGCGAAACUUUUGGCCAAAAAUGAGACGAAUUGUGGCAGUCCUUUGAUUCAAAAAACCAACUUUCCAAAGUUGAAUGCAUUCAGCCUCCUCAAAGACUCCUGGCGUUCAGAUUACAUUGAUAUUCCAUUACAUGAUCCCAAUGUCGAAAAUCUAGUUUCUUUGGUGUCUCGCAAAGAACCAAAGGUUUAUCAACCUAUGGAAAUUUGCUCCCAAAAUGCAGAGCCACAUAUCCUCAUGCAUCCCACCAAAUCCCGACCUAUCCGAAUUCUGGCCUUGGAUGUCGGAAUGAAAGAAAAUCAAAUUCGAUGCUUUAUUCGUCGAGGAGUCGAACUAAAAGUGGUUCCUUAUGACCAUGACUUUCUGAACCCAUCAAUUGAACCGGAAGGGUCUUUCGAUGGUCUCUUCAUCUCCAACGGACCCGGUGAUCCUACGAUGGUAGCAAGUACAAUCCUCGAGAUCCGCAAAGCGAUUCAGUUGAAGUCUUUCCCUAUCUUCGGAAUUUGUCUUGGUCAUCAAUUAUUAGCUUUAGCUGCUGGCGCCAAAACUGUUAAGCUCAAAUACGGUAACCGAGGUCAAAACAUCCCCUGUACAGACCUCCAGUCUGGACGCUGUUAUAUCACAUCUCAAAAUCAUGGUUAUGCUGUCGACACCCCUACUCUUCCUAGCGACUGGAAGGAAUUAUUCGUAAACGCCAAUGAUCAAAGUAAUGAAGGCAUUUACUCAACUCAAUAUCCAUUCUUUAGUGUCCAAUUCCAUCCCGAGAGUGCCCCAGGACCUAAAGACACAGAAUUUCUCUUCGACGUUUUCAUUGCUAGCGUACUUCGCUUCGCUCAGGACAAGACCUUUCUUCCGGUCACCAUGCCCGGUGGUGAUAUUCAUGAAAACAUUGCUAAAAAUCCUAGGGCUACGGUCAAAAAGGUCUUGGUGCUUGGUAGUGGUGGACUGUCCAUUGGUCAGGCUGGUGAAUUCGAUUAUUCUGGAAGUCAAGCCAUCAAAGCCCUCAAAGAAGAAGGAGUUUAUACUAUCUUGAUCAAUCCGAACAUUGCCACUAUUCAAACUAGUAAAGGGCUCGCUGACAAAGUCUACUUUCUCCCGGUCACACCUGAAUUUGUCCGAAAAGUGAUUCAAUACGAAAGACCUGACGGAAUCUAUUGUACAUUUGGUGGUCAAACUGCUCUUGGUGUUGGAAUUGCGAUGGCUAACGAAUUUGAAGGUUUGGGUGUACAAGUCUUGGGAACGCCGAUCUCUACAAUCGUCACAACAGAAGACCGUGAAAUGUUUGCUUCUGCCAUGCUGGAGAUUGGUGAAAAAUGUGCGAUGAGUGCUUCAGCUACUUCUGUGGAGGAAAGUAUCAAAGCAGCUAGUACAAUUGGUUAUCCAGUGAUUCUACGAGCGGCUUUUGCUUUGGGUGGACUUGGAAGUGGGUUUGCUAAUAACGAAGAAGAAUUGGUAGAACUCUGUGGCAAAGCUUUUGCUAUCAGUACUCAAGUUUUGAUUGAAAGAAGUAUGAAGGGAUGGAAGGAAAUUGAGUAUGAAGUUGUCCGAGAUUGUAGGGAUAAUUGUAUCACUGUCUGUAACAUGGAGAAUUUCGACCCGCUGGGUAUUCACACUGGUGAUUCUAUUGUGGUGGCACCCUCGCAAACACUCUCGGAUGCCGAUUACCAUAUGCUUCGAACAACGGCUAUCAAUGUCAUUCGUCAUUUGGGUGUAGUGGGUGAAUGUAAUAUACAAUACGCUCUUAAUCCUGACUCCAAAGAGUACGCCAUCAUCGAAGUCAAUGCUCGACUUUCUCGCUCGUCUGCCUUAGCGUCUAAAGCUACUGGAUAUCCACUAGCCUUCAUCGCAGCCAAACUUGGCUUAGGAAUUCCUCUCAACGAGAUCCGUAACACAGUCACCAAGGUGACUUCCGCAUGCUUCGAACCUAGCUUGGACUACUGUGUGGUAAAGAUGCCGCGAUGGGAUCUGAAGAAAUUUCAAAGGGUAUCCAGUCAACUUGGUAGCAGUAUGAAAUCCGUGGGUGAGGUCAUGGCCAUUGGACGGACCUUUGAAGAAACGAUUCAAAAAGCGAUUAGGUCCGUAGAUCCUUCGUUCACUGGAUUCGAUAAAAAUACAAUCGUCUCCGACGCCGAACUGGAGACUGAGUUGCGAAAUCCAACGGAUCGCCGAAUCUUUGCUGUUGCCAAUGCAUUGCAUGCUGGGUGGACGGUUGAGAAAGUCUGGGAAAUUACAAAGAUUGAUAGAUGGUUCUUACGUAAACUUGAGCAUAUAGUUUUGAUGGAACAAAGCAUUCGAAAAUAUAAUGCUUCACACUUUCCUGUUGACUUAUUGCGCUACGCCAAACAACACGGAUUUUCGGAUUAUCAACUUGCUAGAUUCUUGAAUUCCAACGAGCUUGCUAUUCGUCGGAUUCGGGUCGAGUUUGGAAUCAUGCCAUUUGUGAAGCAAAUUGAUACGGUGGCAGCAGAAUUCCCAGCCUUCACUAAUUAUCUCUUCACCACUUACAAUGCAGUAGAAAAUGAUGUUACUUUUGAGGAUAGGGGAAUUAUCGUUUUAGGAUCGGGUGUCUACCGUAUUGGAUCAUCGGUCGAGUUUGAUUGGUGUGCUGUUCGAGCGAUCCGUACACUACGCGGUCGUGGAUUACGAACUAUCAUGGUGAAUUACAAUCCAGAGACGGUUUCCACAGAUUUCGAUGAAGCCGAUCGUCUGUAUUUCGAAAACAUCAGUCUCGAGACAGUACUCGACAUUUACGAGACCGAAAAAUCUAGUGGAGUGAUUAUUUCGAUGGGUGGGCAAAUCCCAAACAACAUCGCCUUACCUUUACAUCGUCAGAAUGUCAAGAUCCUAGGAACUUCACCGGAAAUGAUCGACAAUGCAGAAAACCGGUACAAAUUCUCACGAAUGCUUGACAAGAUUGGUGUUGAUCAACCUAGAUGGAAGGAGCUCACUACUAUUGCCGAGGCCCACACUUUUUGUGACGCUGUGGGGUACCCCGUCUUGGUGCGACCGUCCUACGUCUUGUCAGGUGCUGCUAUGAACGUGGUCUACUCGGGUGAUGAUCUAUCUGCCUAUCUUGCUCAAGCAGCACAAGUUUCUCGCGAGUAUCCAGUCGUAGUCACCAAGUAUAUCGAAGGAGCCAAAGAAAUCGAGAUGGAUGCAGUUGCCCAGAAUGGGAAACUGGUCAUGCAUUACGUUUGCGAACACGUUGAGAAUGCGGGUGUCCACUCUGGUGAUGCAACACUUAUACUUCCUCCUCAAGACUUGGAACCUGAGACAGUUCGACGCAUCGAAAUCGCCACCCAAAAGAUUGGGAACGCACUCAAUAUCACCGGACCGUUCAACAUUCAAUUCAUCGCUAAAAAUAAUGACAUCAAGGUGAUUGAGUGCAAUGUUCGUGCCUCGCGUUCUUUCCCUUUCGUUUCUAAAGUCACUGGAGUCGAUGCCGUUGCAAUGGCCACCGAUGUUAUGUUGGGAUUCCCUGUUCAAGCAUAUCCACCGCGCAAUCUUCCACCUGGGUAUGUUGGAGUUAAAGCUCCUCAAUUCAGUUUCAGUCGUUUGGCAGGUGCCGAUCCUGUUCUCGGGGUCGAGAUGGCCUCAACUGGGGAAGUUGCUUGUUUCGGAAAAGACAAGUAUGAAGCUUACCUAAAAGCUAUCUUGGCUACCAACGUUCGGCUACCAAAGAAAAGUGUUCUCUUCUCUAUUGGUGCUUACGCCGAUAAAUUGGAGAUGCUGCCAUCUGUGCAGCGUCUUUACCGACUAGGCUAUACAAUCUAUGGUACUGCUGGAACAAAUGACUUCAUCAGCGAACAUGGCAUUCCGUGCAAAUUCUUAGAGGCUUUCUCUUCGGAAGAAGAGGCCAAGGGACAAAAAGCAGAAUAUUCUUUGAUCGAUCAUUUGAAACAAGGCAAGGUCGAUUUGUUCAUCAACUUACCCAGUCGAAAUCGAUUCAGACGACCUCAACAGCACAUCUCACGUGGUUAUCGCGCUCGAAGGACUGCUAUUGAUCAUGCGAUCCCAUUGAUCACCAAUGUGAAGAAUGCCAAAAUCUUGAUCGAGGGAUUGGCUAGGUACCCUACAUUGUCUAUCAGCUCCACGGACGCCAAAUCCUCCCAUCAGACAAUCCGCUUCCCAGGUUUCAUCGACUCUGCCGCUUUUGUCGACAAUCUGAAUGACAUUCAAGCAAACUCUCUCGAACAACUCUCGCAUGCAGCUGUACGUGCUGGAUACCUUGUGUUGCAGUGUCUGGCUGUUGGUACCACUGGCCGUUUGGACGAUAGCAAGGUCUUGGAGUCUGCCAAAGCAUCUGCUUCUGGACGAGCUCAUUGCAACUACUCUUUCUCCGUCGCAGCUACUUCUCACAAUGUCUCUACCCUCGACUCUCAUCUUUGCGACCACGCAAGUGCGUUGAUGCUACCAUUCAGACGUUUACCAGGUGACGUCAAUCAAGCCGUCGCGAUUGCAGCCCACUUCGCCUCUUGGCCAUACGACAAACCGAUCAUGACUGAUGCUAAAACCACUGACCUGGCAUCAGUCUUAUUACUUGCUAGUCUUCAUGACCGAAGUGUACAUGUGAUCAACGUUGGGUCUGCCGCUGAUAUAGAGUUAAUCGCAUUGAGCAAAAAGAAAGGACUACAAGUCACCGCCGACGUUGCAGUUUACACGCUAUUCUUGAAUCAAACCGACUAUCCCCAGGCGACAUGCUUGCCAACUCUUCAUGAUCAAGAAGUCAUAUGGGAGAAUCUAGAGCACAUCGAUACCUUCUCUGUUGGAAGCGUCCCCUAUGAACUCGCUGUCCAAUUAGAAAAACCGUAUGUCCCCGGAGAUGGUUAUGAAGAAUCGACUCAACUCUUACUAGCUGCCAUAAGUGAUGGUCGUUUGACAAUGGAGGAUGUGACCUCUCGAUGCUCAGACAAUCCUGCCAAGAUCUUCAAUUUGCCUAUCCCCAAAGGUACUUAUAUGGAAGUUCAAGUCGACCGCCCAAACAGGUUCUCAAAGUCCACCUGGUCCCCCACUCAGGAUCAAGUCUUUAACGGUACAGUUCAUCGUGUGGUUUUCCGUGACGAGACGAUCUAUUUGGACGGCUUUUCGCACUCGAAGGCCGGAACGGGCUCGCCUGAUAUCUCGGGUAUCCGCUCACCUCUGGCGCUAGGAAUCACAUCUCCUAAUCUACUGCCAAAUGGAGGCACAUCGCAACCAAGUUUCCUCUCGCUCUCACAUACGGAGAACAAGAACCAAGGAGCAAGCUCUCGGGCCAUGCGCAUCAAUGAUUCUCAGCAACUUUCAUUCCCACCCAUCCCCCAAAGGCUUUCGCCUCCCAUUGUCACAUUCGAACGCGAUCCCGCUUUCUAUCGUCGACACAUUUUGACCGUUGAGCAGUUCACCCGACAUGACCUACACGGACUCUUCAAUGUAGCGCAAGAGUUGCGAACACAAGUCGAACGCAACGGAGUCUUGGAUAUCCUCAAGGGGAAAGUCAUAUGUUCAAUGUUUUACGAACCCUCCACGAGAACAUCAGCCUCCUUUGAAGCAGCAAUGUGUCGAUUAGGAGGUCGAGUAGUCUCAAUCUCCGCCGACAAAUCGUCCGCUGCCAAAGGCGAAUCAUUAGAAGAUACGAUCCGAACCUUGGGAUGCUACGGUGAUGCUGUCGUAUUGAGACAUCCCGCAGCAGGUAGUGUUCAAAGUGCAGCUAAAGUUUCAUCAGUCCCUAUCAUCAAUGCAGGGGAUGGAAUCGGUGAACAUCCUACACAGGCUUUUCUGGAUGUCUACACCAUCCGUGAAGAGUUAGGAACUGUGAACGGCUUGACAAUCACUAUGGUAGGAGACUUGAAGAACGGACGAACGGUACAUAGUUUAGUGAAGAUCCUUUCCUUGUAUCAAGUCAACAUCAACUUCGUCUCCCCACCAUCUCUCAAUAUGCCCGAUAGCGUUAAGAGUGUGGCCUCCCGGGCUGGUAUCAAAUUUCAAGAGUUUUCAAGCUUGGAGAAAGUGAUUGCUGAAACGGAUGUGCUAUAUGUCACGCGAAUGCAACAAGAGAGAUUUACGAGUCAAGCAAGCUAUGAAGCAGUCAAGAAUGCAUACGUAGUCAACAAUGACUUGCUCAGUAAGGCAAAGAAGCAUAUGAUUGUGAUGCAUCCUUUGCCUCGUAAUACAGAAAUUGACCCAGAGGUCGAUUUCGACCCACUCAGAGCGGCUUACUUCCGACAAAUGCGACAUGGUCUAUUUGUUCGCAUGGCUCUGCUCACCUUAGUUUUAUCGCCAUGAAACGAAUUUUAUGACAAGUUGGAAUGACUCAGGUUACUUGAAAGUUUCUUCUUUUGACUCACUUUAUUUCAUUUUCAAAAUCAAAAACAGCAUCUUAUGUGCAUCUGAGAACUAGAUUUUUUACCCUAUACGUUACAAUACAACUAAGCAUACCAUACGACAUCAGUGACUAUUUGCAAUUGAAUAUAUCUUCUGC